ACUCGCUCCAUAAGUAGCCCUCCCCCCAUCCGCUUUCAACCCCAAUCUCUCUCUCUCUCUCUCUCUCUCUCCCACGCCCAUUCACACUGUUCCCUCUCAUUCUAUUCUCUCUCCAAGGGUUCCAAAUGGCCUUCUUCCACGGCGCCGCAACCAUCGCCGUAUCUCUGCUCGCAUUCUUGACGCUGGCCGACGCCCGGAUCCCCGGCGUCUACGCCGGCGGACCCUGGCAGACGGCCCACGCCACCUUCUACGGCGGCAGCGACGCCUCCGGCACCAUGGGAGGUGCGUGUGGGUAUGGGAAUCUGUACAGCCAGGGGUACGGGGUGGAGACGGCGGCCCUGAGCACGGCGCUGUUCAACGACGGGCUGAGCUGCGGGGCGUGCUUCGAGAUCAAGUGCGGGGAGGAGCCCAGGUGGUGCCACCCGGGGAGCCCCUCCAUCCUCAUCACCGCCACCAACUUCUGCCCCCCCAACUACGCCCUUCCCUCCGACAAUGGCGGCUGGUGCAACCCUCCCCGGCCCCACUUCGACCUCGCCAUGCCCAUGUUCCUCAAGAUCGCCCAGUACCGCGCCGGCAUCGUCCCCGUCUCUUACCGCAGGGUGCCGUGCCGGAAGGCGGGAGGGAUCCGGUUCACCAUCAACGGGUUCGAGUACUUCAACCUGGUGCUGAUCACGAACGUGGCCGGCGCCGGCGACAUCGUCCGGGUGAGCGUGAAGGGGUCGCGGACGGGGUGGAUGCCGAUGUCCCGGAACUGGGGCCAGAACUGGCAGUCCAACGCCGUGCUGGUGGGCCAGUCCCUCUCCUUCCGCGUCACCGCCAGCGACCGCCGCACCUCCACCUCCUGGAACAUCGUCCCCGCCAACUGGCAGUUCGGCCAGACCUUCGCCGGCAAGAAUUUCCGGGUCUAAUUCACAAUUGCAGAGAUGGCGCUGGAAAACCGAGAUUUCAAAUCUCCCGCCAUGCCAUGCUGUGGUGUCUUUCUUUUUCUAGGCGCCAGCUUUUUAGGCUGCUUGUUUUAGUAGUGCUUUCCGGAUUCUGGAUGGGAGUCGUGAAGCAAAGGAAAGGGUGAGAAUUUUAUAUUUUGAUCGACCGUUAGCUUGUGAUGUUAUUGGGAGUAGUGGGUUUAGAGCGAGUGUAGGGCGUAGUAGCGGCUGAAGCGGCUGCAGACCAAAAGUAUGAGUGCUGGCAGCCCGCAGUUGCUUAUAUGUAAUAUCUGAGACUCUUGAGUAUAGUAUGAUGGUAAUUUAUAUAUUGAUCGUGAUGUAGUUUGAUAUACAAAA